AUGGGCGAUAAAAGCAUGAAAACACAGGCGGGGUAAGUGGAAGAGAUAGGUUAGCCGAUCCGGAAGAUGUUAAGGGUGGAAAACGAUGAGAAGACGAUGGCGGUGCCGGCUUCGAAUGCGAAUGAUUUGAAGGGCGAAGAGCCGAAGAAAGAGAAAGAGGAACCGAAAAGGGACUCGUCGAAGAGAGAAGAUCAGGCACAGAAUCCGAAGGAACCGGAGAAAGCUCCGAAGAAGCAGAAGAGCGGGACGAAGGCGGAGGCGCAGAAGAAAAAGAGGAACAAGUCGAAGGACAAGAAGGAGAAGGCGACGAAGAAGUCAAACUUCCUGGAUAGGAUUGUAGUUGUGGCGUGAGUGACGUCAUCUGAUGCUAUUUAACGACUAGGAAGUUUACAGAGACAAUCUUCUAUCGAAAAUUCCGACGAAGAAGGACGGUGAUAAAGGGAAGGAAGGAAAAGAAGGAAAGAAGAAGGAUAAAGCAGCAUCAGGAGAAUCUCAGGCGGUGGAGAAGAAAGAAGAGGUGCCGCUGCCAAAGAACGUGAAAGACUUCAUCGAGAGCGUUCUGGACAUUGAGAAGCAGCAGACACUGAACAAAUACUUCCUGAACACACUCAUCAAGAUCGCUCCUUCUGCCACGUACACGGCCUUCAAUGCGAACAUGUCCAAGAAUCAGUCGCCUGACGUGUUUUGCAAUGAGAACAAUCGGGUCAAAAUCAACGAGAAAGAGCCGUCGAAGGGCGAUUACAUUCAUGCGAAUCGGAUAACUUUCGAGGGACUCAAACGGACGUACAUUGCCACGCAACACCCGUUGAAGGGGACUGUCGACGACUUCUUCACGAUGGUAUUCACAGAAGAAAUCGAGACGAUCGUCUCGUUGAGUGCCACCUCCAACACCUUCCCGACGUUCUACCCGACUGAAAAAGACACGCACGUCGACCUGCCCACUUAUUGCGUUUCUUGCAAGUUCGUGAAACUGGAGACCAAGUACUCGGCGAUCGAGUACACUUUGGAGGUGCUCCCGCACGGAUGUUCCCAGGGACUGCUCGUCCGUCUUCUCAAGUAUUCCCGUUGGGGCAAGUAUCAGGUGCCCGGCAGCCCGAAAGUCAUCACUUCGCUCGUCAAAUCGAUAAAGGUACAUUACAAAUCUUCCCUUCCGAACCUCAUAGUUGCCUUUCAGAAAUCGAGAGGACCGUUGGUUGUGCAGUGCGAGACGGGAGUCAAUCAGUCGGCUGCUCUCAUUUACAUCGAUGCGAUACUCGGACUGCUCGAAGCCGGGCAGACUCCUUCCGUGAGUGCGAUCAUGCUUUCCGCCCUGAAUCGGAGCCAUUCCAGUUGGAGACAGUAUUCCGUGAGCUCAAGUCUCAGCGCCAUUCCGCCCUCUCCCAACGCCUCCACUUCUCCUACGCUGUCUUUGCGAUUCUGGUCAUUCUGAGAGUGAGAGCGAAGCAAGCCAAUCAAAUUGGAGACUGUCUGAAAGAGGUGGAAGAGUUCGAAAAGGAGGAGGCGGUCGAGUUUGUCAAGUCGGCGGCCAGUGAGCCGAGCGAUCCGAAGAUCUCAUCGCCGACGCUGGAUCAGACUAUCGGAUGA